AUGUAUAUUUGUUCGUUUCCUGACUGUCAUGCCAAGUAUAAUAAGGCAUGGAAACUGGACGCGCACCUCUGUAAGCACACCGGCUUGAAGCCUUUUGAAUGCGAACAGGAGGGAUGCACCAAAAGUUUCUGCACCAAGUAUCACCUGGCGCGGCACGCGCUGACGCAUACGAAAGAAAGACCUUUCAGAUGUAGCGAAGAUGGGUGCACACAGGCAUUCACUACAAACUCCAACUUACGGAAACACGUUAUGCGAAAACACACACACGAGGAGAAGCCGUACACUUGCACGUUUGAAGGCUGCGGCAGAGCCUUUAGGAAGAAUAACCAGCUCAAGUCUCACAUGUGUGAACACACCAACUUGCUUCCUGUUCAAUGUACCUUUGAGGGUUGCCAGAGACGAUUUCCGACAGCCAGCAAACUAAGACGGCAUGAAAAAGUUCACAAAGGUUACCCCUGCACGGCUGACGGCUGUGUGUUUAUUGGGAAGAACUGGACUGAGUUAACAAAGCAUAGAAAAGAACAACACAGAGUCGUGCUGACGUGCGGGGACUGCGGGAAGACGGUGCGGGACAGCUGGGCCUUGCGGCAGCAUCAGCGGGUUCACUCGGAGGCGCGGCAGGUCUUUCAGUGCCCGCGGGCGGAGUGCCAGCGCACCUACACCACGCUGUUCAACCUGCAGAACCACAUCAUGUCCUUCCACGAGGAGCGCCGGCCUCACUCCUGCCCCUACCCCGACUGUCCCAAGAGCUUUGCCAUGAAGCAAAGUUUACAACGCCACACUGUGAUUCAUGACCCCCAGAGGAACAAACAGAGAAAACCCCGUCCAAGGCGAUCACUGGCCUCACGCCUGAGUGGCUGCAAAACCAAAAUGAUCCGUCCAUCAGAAACAUCAGAGGACAACAGCAGCUUGACCGUCACUUCACCAGAACCCGUCAGACUGGCCUCCAUUCUGCAGGAAGCCUCUCUUUGAGAUCCAACCACAUGACA